AUGCUGAGACCAGCCACACACGCAGGAAGCUGGUACACAGGCGACAAGAGACGGCUUGCGGCCCAAAUUGCUGAUUUUUUUGCAGCCACCGGCAGCAUGGUUCCGGGCGCCCGCGUGCUCAUUGGCCCGCAUGCGGGCUACACUUACUGCGGCGCGCGCUUGGCAGAGACCUAUGCGGCAUGGGACACCACAGGCGUGCGCCGCGUGUUCAUCUUGGGCCCUUCGCACCAUGUGUACUUCCGCGAAACGGCCAAAGUGUCGCCUUUUGCGCGGUACGAGACCCCGUUGGGCCUGCUUCGCGUAGACACCGAAGUAUGCGACCAACUCGUGAAGGCUCCAGGCUCGGCGUUCACCUACAUGACCGAGGACGAGGACGAAGACGAGCAUCUGUUCGAAAUGCAUGCUCCGUUCGUGGCGUUCCGUGCGCAAAAGGACAAUGUUGCGCCCACAAUUGUCCCCAUUAUGAUUUCUGGCAUGGGGCCUCGUCUUCGCGACCGCUUAGUUGCCCAGUUGCUGCCUUACAUGGCCGAUCCAGCGAACACGUUUGUGGUGCUGUCUGACUUCUGUCACUGGGGCCGCCGUUUUGGCUACACCCAGUACACGCCCAAGGCCGACUUGUCGCUUUUGGCAGCCUACAAACACCUGCUGGGCCAGCCUUUGCAUGCGUCCAUUGAGUUCUUGGACCGCAGCGGCAUGCGAGCAGCCUCCGCAGGGUCGACAGUGUGGGAAGACUACAUCGAAAGCACAGGAAACACCAUCUGUGGCCAGAAACCAGUGUCUGUGGUUUUGCAUCUUGUUGAAAAACACGUAGACGGACCUCUUUUCGAAUGGAUCGGCUAUCUGCAGAGCGGACAAGCCGUUGAUGCCCUGGACUCAAGCGUGUCGUACGCAUCAGGCUAUGUCCGGAUGCCCUGA